AUGUCAAUAUUAUCAAUAGGAUUAUUUAAAUCCUUUUCAAAUGAGGAUUUAUAUACUAUUUCAAAAUCAUAUCCAAUAAACUCAUCAAUUAUAUAUCAACCAUUUACGUCAAAAAGUAUCUUAAACUUACAAUUCAACAUCCAUAAAUUUUUAAAUAGAUUAAUUUAUGGUACCAAAAGAAUUAAUGAGUUAUUUCCAUCAAUUAAAAAGAUAACUAAUAUCAACAAUCAAAAAAGAUUAUUUCCUGUUUCAGCAUUUCCAAUAAAUUGUGCUGCUGAUGAUUUAGAUUUAGGUUUUGAUGGUGGUGAUCAAAUUCAAUUUUUCAACAAUAAUAAUAUAACUGAUAUACAAAAUAAUCAUCCAGAAAAUGAUUUACAUCAUGAUAACUUAAAUUACAAUAAUUAUUCUUCAAAUUUUAAUAACCCAGGCUUUAACACCAAAGGUGGAUUUAAUGAUGAUAUUGUUACUCCUUUAUACCAACAUCAAUAUCAAUAUGAAAUGCAACAACAACAUCAACAACAAAUGCAACACCAACAACACCACCAACAACAACAAUAUCAUCAACAAAACCAUAUUCAAAAUUUACCAAUGUUUGAUGAUUUCUUUGAAGCUCAUCAACAUCACAAUCACAAUUACAUUUCAAAUAAAUUCAAUGAAAAUAUUUUUGAAGCAUCAACUAAAAAAAGAAACACAAUGGAUGUAUUUGAUAUAAUGAAUAAAUCAACAAUUUCAUUUUCACCAAAGACAAGUAAAUUAAGUAAAGAUCAAUUAAAUAAUGUAACAUAUGAAGAAACUUAUCAAAGAUAUCAAGAAUAUCAAGAAUAUGAACAACCACCAUAUUUCGAUGAUUUUCAGAAACCAGAAAAUGAAUCAAAUGGUAUCAAAAUUCCAAAAUUAAAUAACCACCAACAAAAUCAAAAGUGUUACGAAAAUUAUUUACAACAAAGUAUUGGUGGUACAACUUCAUCUAUUUCUUCAGCUGAUUCAUUUUUAAGUCCCUUGGAUGAUGAAAUUUUUGGUAAAUUCCUGAAGUCUUCUCCAGAAUCUUUCAGUUAUGAUAAUAAUAAAUUAACUUUACAUUCUCAAAAUCAAAAUCAAAAUCAAUCUCAAUCAUUGCCAGCACAAUAUCAAAUUAAACAAGAACCAUCAAAAAAAGUUAAAAAGAGAAAGUUAGAAAUAUCAUCACCAACUAUGUCAUCAUCCUCAUCAAAUGACACAAAUGAUUCAGAUUUACCUAUUUCACCAACAAACACAAUCUACAAACAACCAAAACAAAAAUCCGAAAAACCAUCACCACCAACUAAUAAAAAAGUAAAAUUAUCAACAAAACCAAAAACCAAAAAAAUACACAUCAAAAAGGAAAAAGAUACCUUAUUAUAUAACGAAGAAAUGCCAACAAUAACAACCACAAGAACAAAUAAUCAAACAGUUCGUAAAUUAUCAUAUACUACAAAAACUGGUAAAAUAGAUCAUACUUUUGAAUGUCCUCAUUGUGAAGCAAAUUUUAAAGUAAAAGGAUAUUUAACUAGACAUUUAAAAAAACAUAAUUCAUCAAAAGCAUUUAUGUGUCCAUUUUAUCAAGAAAAUGGUAAAAAUGGAACAAAAUGUCAUCCAACAGGAGGGUUUUCAAGAAGAGAUACUUUUAAAACUCAUUUAAAAGCAUUACAUUUCAUUUAUCCACCAGGUACAAAAUCAAAUGAAAGAAAUAUGUAUAGUGGUCGAUGUGCAGGAUGUUUUCAAUUUUUUGAAAAUAAUUUUCAAUGGUUAGAAAAACAUAUUGAAACUGGUCAAUGUCAAGGUACAGUACAAUCAAAAGAACAAAUUAAUGAAAGAUUAAAUUCUUGUUCUUCUUCUACUACUAGUGAUGAUUUAGCUGAAUUGAUGGAAGAUAAUGGAGAUGAUGAAGAAGAAAUUGAUGAUGUUGAUGAUGAUGAAGAUGAAGAUGAUUUAUAA